UAAUCUGCUAUAUAUUUUUUUAUUUUACCAAACGAUGGCCCGUUUCUUCGAUUCCCGCACCACGAUCUUUUCACCGGAGGGCCGCCUCUAUCAGGUGGAGUAUGCGAUGGAGGCCGCUUCGCAGUCGGGCACAUGCGUGGGACUCCUGGCUAAGAACGGAGUCCUGUUGGCCACUGAACGAAGCGUUGACAAGCUCAUGGACACCAGUAUUCCUGUGCCAAGAAUCUCGUGGUUGAACGAGAACAUUGCCUGUUGCGCCACGGGCAACACGGCGGAUGGUAACGUGCUGGUUAACCAACUGCGAAUGAUCGCCCAACAAUAUCAGUUCAACUUCGGUGAGAUGAUUCCUUGCGAGCAGUUGGUCACGAACCUUUGCGAUAUCAAACAGGCGUAUACGCAAUAUGGUGGCAAACGACCCUUCGGGGUAUCGUUUCUUUACAUGGGCUGGGAUUGCCGCUUCGGGUUUCAGUUGUAUCAGUCCGAUCCCAGUGGAAACUACAGUGGCUGGAAGGCCACCUGCAUUGGCCGCAAGUCAGGGGCAGCCAUGGAAAUGCUUCAGAAGGAACUAUUUAGCAAGGGCUACGUAAGUCCUUCGGUCGAGGAGGCCAAGGAUGUAGCCAUCAAGGUCAUGGGCAUGACCUUGGGCAGAGAUAGCUUGACCCCCGAAAAACUGGAAAUUGCUUUCGUACAGCGUUACGGUAACACCACCGUCUUUCAUAUUUUAGAAAAAAACGAGAUCCACCGGCUAAUCGAAAGGAAUAACAAUUUGAAGAGGCGCGUCGGGUCGUAAAGAGAAAAUUUUUUAGUCAUUAGUUACUUUUAUAAUGUUUAUAUAUGUUAUAUGUUACAUUUUAAAAACUAAAAAUUGUUUCCUAAAACUAUGAUCCAG